UUUGAUAGUUUAUAUAAAAGUAUAAAAGAAUAAUCUGUGUUGCGAAAGUGCUUGAAUUGUGGAAUGGAUCCAAAUAAGAAGGUAUUUGUUGAUGAAAUAAGGAAAGUUCAUAAGGAUUUGAGAAGGAAAUAUCAAAAAGAUCCCGACUUUUCUAAAAUCUGGGAGGAACAUUGUAAGAACGAGGAAACCUUGAACAAAUAUGCGAAAUCAAUGCAAGAUCUGGCAACAGUGAUCUGGGAUGAAGAUUGUGAUGGAACUCACCGGAUAAAUUGGUGUGUCGACACUUGCAAGAAAUAUUUUCUUGAAAAAGAGAUGAAUAAAUAUUUGGAGAAAGAUGAAAGAAGAAAACCUCAUUAUAAAGAAGAUCCAACCCAGUUUCAUCUCGGUCCGAAUCCUUUUGAAAGUUACAUCGAUGAAAUGAAGGAUGUAAGUGAAAGAUCAUUUUGUCAUCUAAAUAUGCUUCGACUUCUGGACGUUGGCAGUUGUUACGAUCCUUUCAAAAAAUAUGAAGAAUUUGAAACAACAGCUAUAGAUUUAAGACCUGCUUGUGAGACAGUUCACAAAUGUGACUUUAUCAAAGUCGAUGUUUCCUCUGACAUUAAAGAAGGAGAGAAAUUCCAACAAACUAUGACAACAUUGUCUGCACAACAAGCUCCGGAAAUCUCAAUCCUACCGUCUUCUUAUUUUCAUAUUGUUGUGUUUUCUCUGCUUCUGACUUAUAUUCCGAGUCCACAAGUUAGAUGGGAGAUCUGCCAAAAAGCUCACAAGGUGCUACAGACAAACGGACUUUUACUCAUAAUAACUCCAGAUUCGAGUCAUCAAAAUAAAAAUGCAGCACUUAUGAAAAGAUGGAAAAAUGCGAUUGAACAAAUUGGAUUCCAACGAAUAAAAUACUCCAAAGAUCGGCAUCUACAUUUCAUGGCGUUCCGGAAAGUCCCUCCUGAUUUUUGGGAUAAACGUAAAAUUUCUGAAAUUUAUGGCAAUAAAAUAGAAAAAUUAUGCUUGAAUAUUCCACAAGAUUUUCAUGAUUGCGAUGAUGACACCGAAAAUAAGACUGAUAAUGACAUCACAAAUGAUUUCAGUGAUGUCACAAAAGAUGUUGGUGCCAGUACCAAUGACAUCACAAAAGAAAUUAGUGAUGACCGUUGUAUUCAAAUAAAAUAAAAAAUAAACUACCUCAGACUGAUUAAUCCGUUCCAUUUGAUUCACGAUAGUGUUCACUUCCUUUGUGGAAAUAAAAUCGAUUU